AUGGCUGAAGGUAUCUCACCGAGAAGACUAAGAAAAACCACACACGACGUACGGCAACAAAGUGAAAGUAUGGAAAGACAGAGACAAACGGAGAGAGAAAUUAGAGCAUUAGAAAAACAGAUAAAAGAACAGCAACUAAAGAGAUUACAGCAUCAACAAGAAAUGAUGCGAUCUGGAAGAAUGAGUGCUUCAGCAUCCAGACAAACGGAUAGAAAUGUUAACAAAAUUGAGGAGUUACAACAAGAAACCAAGCAGAGAUUUAGAAACUUCGAUCAACAAAAUGGUACUCAAAGUAGAGAAAAUCAAGGUGACGUACCAUCUUCACAAGGCCAAAUACAGGAGGAAAGAUAUAUGUUCAAGGAGCCAGUAAUAGAUGUCUCAGACAUAGCAUUCUCACCACAAGUGGAGGCAUUAGAUAAGCGAUUUUCCUCAUAUAAUCAGGAAAUGUAUUCCACUCCAGACAGAAAGGUUCCAACUUCGGAACAUAAUCUGAAAAUACAAACAGAUGUAGCUAGAUUAAAGCUAAAUGAUAAACGUGACAGAGAAAAAUGGCAGUCCAUGAGUUUCGAUACAGGGUUUUCGAAACACAGACCUAGCCAUCCGUUAAAAGAACAACCAUUAUAUAAAGAAAGUGAACUGGAGGGAAACAUGAGAGAAAAAUGGUUCAUCAAAGAAGAUAGUGCUCUUGACACUGCGGAUAAACAAGAUGACUGGACAAAGUGGAAGCACAAUCAGUUGGAGAUAGAUAGCCAGACAUAUGCUAAAAAGCAAGGUUAUAGUGAUGAUUGGGGUGGAAAGCAGGAGGACAAAAGUGAAACGACUGAGUUGCUAGAGCUAGAAGAAAGAAAAUUAUUGGUAAUAAGGCAAAGGAGAAAGGAAUUGCAAGGAUUAUUAGAAUUGGAACGAGGACAACAGCUGAAGAUUGAACAAGAGAAACAGAGACGAGUUCAAGAAAUAGAAAGACAGAAGCAGUUACUAGAACAGUAUGAAAUUCGCGAAAGGGAAUUAGCAUUAAGAGAACAAAACUUGGAUAAAUACGAACAAGAGCUAGAGACAAAGCUAAAAGAGUUACAACAAGUAACAGGUAUAAGAGAGACAGAGAACAAGGAUAUGAAUGAAAGCAACAGUAUUGAAUUGUUAUUGAAAAGGAAAGAAGAUGAAAUGCGAAAAAAGGAAGAAGCACUGAAUAAUAGAGAGAAAGAGUUAGAAGAUAGAGAAACUUUGUUUAAGACAAGAUACACUCUGUUGAAGGAACUUCAGCAUAUUCCAAUAGAAAAAGAUACGAUUAAACAUAAAGAUACAGCACAAAAUACAGAAGUAAAGAAGAAGAUAACAGAACAUGAAAAAGAACCAGAAAGGAAAGAACUUGAGGACGUAAAUCCCAAAAAGAACAAAGAAGAGGACAUACAUACAUUUGGUCCUAAACUUAAUAUCAGUCAGUUUUCCGGAGCAGAUCCGAAACCAAAAUCUGAGUCUUCUUUCGAAGAAUGGAAGCGAGAAAUAGAAAGUGUUAUUGCUACAAGAUUAUACAAAGAACAUGUAAUAGCACAAGCCAUUAGACACUCCUUGAAGGGGCAAGCAAAGAAAGCACUUAUAAAUCUACAUCCUACUGCUUCACCAAUAGAAAUUGUUGCUCGUGUAGAAGACAUUUUUGGUGAUUUAUCCAGUCAGCAAUUCAUAUAUACUGAGUUCUACACAGCAGAACAGAAACCUGACGAAUCCAUCGCUGAAUGGGGUCUUCGCCUAGAAGAAAUCCUUCUUCUUGCUUCCAACAAACGUCAAAUACCUGAAAAAGAAAGAAAUGCCAUGUUAAAAGAUAAAUUUUGGAGGUCGUUAUAUAAUCAAGAAAUUAAAAAUGCAACGAGAAAUAGCUUUGAAAGCAGUGACAGUUUUGAAGUCUUGAGACGGAAGGCAAGAGCUGAAGAAAAUGAAAUGAAGCUAACAAAACAACGGAAACAACAUACUGAAACCAAACUUGCUACGUCCAGUGAAACGGAAAAGAGUGAAGAUAUGUUGGCUAAGCUGAUGAGAAAGAUGGAAGACUUUGAAAAGAAAUUACAGGAUAUUAAAGAAGACAAACAAAAACAAGAUACUUCGGGUAACAAAUAUAACAGAUACGGAGGCUCAUCGAGUUUCAAUAGAGGCAGAGGACAUUAUUACGGUGGCUAUAGGGGAGGUUAUAGAUAUGAUAACAACACACCCCAAAACCAAGGCAACAAGAAAGAAGGGGAAUCCUCAAAGGAAAACAUAGACAAAAAUGAAAAGAAGAAUUUAAACGACUAG